AUGAUGGUGCUCUACUUCAUCUUCGUGACGGCCCUGCUGGGCUGCGCGGCCGGCCGUUUGAUCAUGCCCUCCGCCGACCAGUUCCGAGCCCUCCUCACCCGCGACGCUUUCCAGCAGCCCCUCGGCCCUUUGAAGCAGUCACCCUUCUCCUUCGCCGGCGGCGGCAGAGGCCCGUACGCGAGCGGCAACUUCACCCGCAUCCCGCAGGACGACACCGUCUGCCCCUCGUACGGCGAGGCGCAGUGGGCCGGCACAGUCAACGUCGCCGACGACCGCCAGCUGUUCUACUGGUUCACGGAGAGCCGGGGCGACCCCUCGCGCGACCCGCUCCUGCUCUGGAUGAACGGCGGUCCCGGCGCCUCGUCGCUCGUCGGCCUCCUCACCGAGCUCGGCCCCUGCGUGCUCCAGCCCGGCGCCUCCGCGCCGGUGCCCAACCCGUGGUCGUGGAACAACAACGCGUCCGUAAUCUUCCUGGACCAGCCCGCCGGCACGGGUUUCUCGUCGGUGGCGGAGGGAGGACGGGCGCCCUCGACGGACGAGGACGGCGCGGCCGAUUUUCAGACCUUCCUCAACGUCUUCUUCCGGGACGUCUUCCCGGAGAAGGCUGCGCUGCCGCUGUACAUCGCGGGCGAGUCCUAUGCGGGCCACUUCACGUCGACGUAUACGAAACACAUCCUCGACGCGCGCGCGUUCAACUCCAAGGAUGCUUUUUGGGGUGAGAUUGCGGGGCUGAUCAAUGUCAACGCCGUUUUGGACUGGACGGCGGUCAGCAUCGGCGUGUACGAGCUGCUGUGCUCCGAGUACCGCGGGCGCGACUUCCUCGAUCCGGAGGAGUGCGACAGCAUUCGUCUGGAGAUGCCGGAAGUUGUGAGACUGGGACAGGAGUGUCGCAUGGGUACCGCAAGGUACAGCUGUCUUGGACUGAUGCUCUUCUUUCUUGAUCACAUUGACCCGGCGUACCGGAAGCGCAUCGAGGCAGGUGAACGCAACAACUACGACGUAAAUCUUCCCUGCGUGAACCAGAAUGGUUUUUGCGAGGACACCAAGCACGGCAACAUCACCCGGUACCUCAAUCAGCCUCACAUAAAACAGGCCAUGGGCGUGCCAGAGUCGAUGACGUUUGAGCUGCUCAACUCCAUAGUCGGUGGAAAUUAUGCCAUUGAAAUGUCCAAAAGUAGAGCAAAGACUUUGGAGUCGGUUCUGGACGCGCCGCCGAGAACCGGCCUCGACAAGAUCCGCCUGCUCGUCCUCAACGGCAACGAAGACUACAUCGUCAACACGCCCGGCCAAAAGUGGCAGUACGACAACCUCUUUUGGAGCGGCUUCGCGGACUACCGAAUUAGCAACUGGCGUGAGCUGCCGGACGACGUCAAGGCGAGCGGCUUCUGGAAGGGCACCGAUGACGGGCGCCUGGUGUUUGUCGGGGUGGACGGCGCGGGCCAUGGCGUGCCGGGCUAUCUGCCGGAGGCGAGUUACCGGAUUCUGCAACGGUGGAUCGCCAAUGAGUGGCGUUGA